GUCCACGUCCCCUACUACUCCGUAGAAACUCCCUCCCUCUCUCUCGCCAGUUAAUGACUUGCUGCUCGCGUUGAUUGCGUCGGCAGCCCGCCCGCAUAGCAUAUCUUCACGCCAGGUCUCGCCACCACAGCCGAGGUCGCCACACGCGACGCCUAGGCUCCACCUCUCCUCUGUAGUUCUGUUGCCGGAGGCGUCGAUCGAUCACGUGCGCACAUCCAUGGCGGGGCUGCAGCGGUCGAGCGGCACGUUCCGGCGCUCCGGCUCGUCGGGGAUGGUGUGGGACGACGACAGGCACCUCUCCGGGGAGAUCAGGCCGUCACCGGGCCGCCGCGACGACGGACCUUCGCCUCCUGCGCGGGUGCAGCGCAGCCGGUCGAACGGGCACGGCGGGUACAGGGCGGGCGCCGGCCGCGUCUCGCCCGCGCUCGACCCGCCGUCGCCGCGCGUCGGCGUCUGCGGCUUCUGCGGGUUCUUCGGCGGCAAGGCGGCCGGGAAGAAGAAGAAGAGAGAUGGCGGCAAGGACAAGUCCAAGGUCAUCCCGAGGGCCGCCGCCAACCGUUCGCCGAGGGCGAGGCGAGCUAGCGGUUGAUUCAUUCAACUUCCCGGCUGCCCCUGCUGCAGUAUGUACAAAAUUCCGUAGUUUCUUUCCAUUCCUGUUAAUAUACCGAUUGCCCCUGUGUAUAGGAAGUGGUAGUACUACUACAGAGCACGAGAGAGUUAUAAACUACACGCAUGUAUGUAUGAUCUAUAGAGGAUACAGUAGAAUUGCAGGCACCGUGUGGUGAGCCUCCAUGGAUAUUCUAUUCAUCACUCGAUUGUGCAGUCUUCUAUUUUCAUUUUUGUUAUGUGGUCAGAAAUUUGUAGGACAGUUGAAUUACAGUUACUACGACA